UUCUGUGGUUGUUAGAAGCAGUGAGUUUGGAUUUGUUUCUGCUCGCAAUGUUGUGAUACGAGUUACGUGAAAAUGAGAAGUUGUGCACAUGAUGGCUGUCAGACGUAACAAUUAGUUUCGAUAAUGUGCGACUCUAUUUGUUAACACUCGACUGCUAUGUAGUGUUAAAAAUAGUUGUAUUUGUUACUGCGUUAGUAGAAGUGACAAUGUCGAACAAUAGUCUAGAAAUUGUUCACGCUGGUUGGCUGACGAAGUCACCCCCCUCAAAGCCAAUCUGGAGAGCUCGCUGGCGCAAGCGGUGGUUCGUGCUGCGCCACUCGGGCGAGCUGCCGGGGCAGUACUGCCUGGAGUACUACACCGACCACAACUGCCGCAAGCUCAAGGGCAAGAUAGACCUGGACCAGUGCGAGCAGGUGGACGCCGGCCUCAGGUUCGAGAACAACAAGCAGAAGUACCAGCACAUGUUCGACGUGAAGACGCCCAAGAGGAUAUACUACCUGGCGGCGGAGUCCGAGGACGACAUGAACAAGUGGGUGGAGUACGUGUGCCAUGUGUGCGGUCUGAAGGCCUACAAGGAGGAUGAAGACAACGGGGCGGAGAACGGGGAGGCGGAGGCCCCGGCGCCCCGGGAGGACUCCCCGCCCACGUCGCCCGCCAGCUCCGUGUCGGGGCCCUACAUCCCCAUCAGCGAGUGCAUCUCGGGCAUGCCGCUGUCCAGCCCCGGCGGCCUCAGCGACUUCAACAAGCACGUGGCCAACGGCACGGGGCCGCCCGCGGCGCGCCCCGAGUUCUACGACGCCCCGCGCAAACUGCUGCCGCCCGCGGCGCCCUCGCCCUCGCCCGUGCCGGCCGUCAACUGGGACACCUUCCCCGCGGGCUGCGAGGACCUGGGCUCGUGGAGCGUGAUGCGUCGCUUCGGCCGGCUCACCAUCGUGGACUCGGCGGCGCCCCCCCGGCCCCCCAAGCCCCAGCGCCCGGGCAGCGAGCCCCCCUCCCCCUCGCCCGGCGCCGCGGACGGGACCUACGACUGCCCGCGAAGCCACCCGGCGCCCCACUGCUACAGCAACGCCGCCCCCGGCGCCGGCCGCGUCUUCUGCUACGAGUUCGCCGACGGGGAGCCGCCCCCCUCGCCCCUGUCGGAGACGUCGAGCGCGGGCGGCGCGGUGUACUCGAACCUGCCCAGCCCGCACGCCCCCGCGGUGGACCGCGGCCUGAAGCCGGGCCGCCGCACCUCGGACUCUGCCUCCGUCACCUCGGAGCCGUCGCCCUCGCCGGUGCCCGGACCGCCCAGCGUCGACCGCAAGCUCAAGCCGCUCCGCAGGCUGGGCCACGCCUCCGUCGCCCCAGACCCCAUCCAGCUGUGCCGGCCGCCCGAGGGCCCGCGCAGCCUGCGUCGCCACCGGGCCGCGCCCAGCCCCACGCCGCUCGGCCGCCACUCCAGCUCCGACGACUGCAGCAACGACGAUAACAUGUACUUGAACCCGGUGUACGGCAACACCUUCCAGGGGGGAGUCCAGUACCUGGACCUGGACCUGGGCGGGGCGGAGCGGAGCCCCACGGCGUCCGCCCACAGCCCCCGCACGCCCACGCCCGCCGCCACCGUCUACAAGACCGUGGACUUCGUCAAGACGGAGGCCUUCAAGCGCACCAAGCGGGAGGUGGAGGAGGGACGCAAGCAGUGCGCGGCCGCCGAGCUGUGACGCCCCUAGGUCGCUCCCUCCGUGAGCUCUCUGCCGGCCCCCUUCGAGUGCGGGCGGGCGUCAGAGGUAACACGUGGACAGCGUGGAUAUUUGCCAGAACGAGUAGGUGCGUACGAAAGGGACACGUACAAGUCGUUUUAGUUACUCUCAUUUGCAACUAGCGUCGACGAACGUUGUUUCUUUGCUGGCGUGGGCUCAACUCCUGCACCCUGGAGUGUUGGCGGGCGUCGCGGUAACGUGUAGACGUCGCGUAUGUACAAAGAAACGUAGGUAUUUGCCAGAAACGAGUAGGUGCGUACGUAAGGGAUUAUUAUUAUUAUGUUAAUACACGAGUCAUUUUUAAUUACUCUCAUUUGUAAUUUUUAAACUCAAUUGUGCGUGAAGAGAACAAGUUAAAUUACAAAUUAUUUAUUUAUCUGUAAAUUAUAUUCACAGAACAGGAAGUUUCUUUGAAAUAAUGAAGUACAUAUACAGUGAAACCUCUAUCCAUCGUUUUUCAAAGGACCAGCAGAAAAAAACAAUGCAUGCAGGAAAACAAUAGAUGUGGGAUUUGUUUACAGACCUCGGUAAAUGUAUGCAAACUGCAAAGCAAUGGUUUCCAAGCUUAUUAUACAUAAAAUCAUUAUAAUAAAUUUAAAUAAUAGUAAUCAUUUGUUAAAACAGUUUUACUUUAAAUUACUUUUUUUACUUGAGGGCCGUAUUUGCUGAUCUGCACACGUAUUUCUUCACGUUUGUUGAAGACCGAAUUUAGUGUAGGUGGAAUUCCGAGACGUUUAGCAACAUCCACUCUCUUCUCGCCAGGAUUCUUCUCCACUUCUUCGACGAUCUUUAACCUCUCGUCUAGUGUUUUUACUUUUUUCGGUCGGGCCAUCACCAGGGUCACAAUAAAAACGUUAAAAUAUAUUUAAUGUAGCUGCUGAAUACUUUCAAAUGCACCGUAUUUUCACGUGACUGCGUGCCAAAAAAUGUUUACAUGUAGAUGCACAAAACAAAACAGAAAUGAAUUAGACCAAAGAUGACGAGAUACAUAAAAAAGACGUGCGUAGUGUUGCCAACAAGACAAAAAGACCGUCUGAGCGAUGAGAUAAAAGCGCAACUAUCGAUUAUAGAAGUACAUUAGCCGCCAUCUUGCGUUGUUCAACGAUCGAUACAAGAAAAACAAAGGGCGCAUUCCAACAUUUUGAGCGAUCAAUACGGGAAAAACGAACAUUCAAAAACGACACAAACGGGAUUAUUUAACGUUGUUUAUAUGGGCUUAUUGAAGGGACCAGAAUAAACAAACGAUUGAUACGGAAAAAUGUUAGAUGCGGGAUCCAUGCAUCGAGGUUCCACUGUAUUCAGGUUGUUAUUCUUUAAAAAUUUCAGCUUCUGCUAAUUAUUUUUUUGGCUAUGGCUUGUGACAAGCAUACUAACCUCAUUAAAAAUUUUAAUUUAAAAUUUCUAAUUCUUCCUUCUCCGUGUAUUUGUUUUUUAAUAUUGCAUGUUGCAUCCUUUCUAAAAUUGACUUUUAGCUAUGCUCUAUACUUCACUCAUGUGGAUGGAUGAAUGACUAAAAAUGUUUUUUAAAUUUUGUUUUGAACUGCUUUUAAAGGACCAUGGGUGUAGCCUAGCUGCCUUUCCAGCAUGUCAAUGUUUAUGUCAAAGCCAAUUAUUUAUUAUAUACAUAUAGCCUAUAUGGCAUUUAUUACUGUAAAAAAUUUGUUAACACUAAAAGUUGUCUUUGUUUCUAUAUUUGCUGGACAAAUUGUUUAUACAAUAUAAUCUCAUUUUUACACAUAUCAAGGGACCAGGACAAAAAUUGUGUAAAAAGCAGGAAAACAUAAAAAAGAGGGGAAAGUUUGUAUUUUUUUUAUUAUAUUUCUCUACGAUAAAAAAUAAGUAAGUACAGUAAACUCCCUAUUAUCCGCGCCUGCUACGAAAAAGUACACAUAUUUUAUUACAAGUGAGCAAAUUUGAACUCUACCGACGAGUGUAUUGUGUGCAGUAUACAGUAAAACGCUACAGGCCUUCUCGGAACUCACACAGUAGGCUGGCAUGCGUUGCUAUUUUUGUCUCUGUCACAUUUUGUUUAUAGUCUUAUGGUUGCUUUUUUAGUGUCUAAUGAAGUCUCAGCGUACGUACAGUACUGUAUCCUUGUUACGAAGCAAGUACAGAGCACUUUUAUGUUUACAUUACUGAAAUGUAUUGUAUGUAAAUUAUUCAGUAAAAUAAUAACAUUUUAGCAUCAUUAAAAAUAUUUUUACUAUUAAUUGUAACUUACUGAACAUAAAUUUUUAGAUAUUUAAGUAGAUAUUAAUGUUCUUUUUUUUGUUUCCCAUUUUCGGCUCUUUUGCGGAUUAUCCGCAAUUUUCACUAUCCGCGGUGGCCCUGCCACUUAAUUUCGCGGAUAAUCGGGAGUGUACUGUAUACAUAAUGGCAGAGAUGCAUACGUUUCUAUACAAUAACUAGACCUUCAUUAUUUAACAUGUGUGAACAAUAAAUCCAUCCAUUCUUGAGGCUCUUCACAAUUGUGUUCAGAGUUGAAUAUGACAUAUUCAGUUGGUGGGCAAGAGAUGUGCAUGUUUAUGCAUCUCAAAAUGUCCUUUUUUUUAUGGUGAGAUUUCCUUACACAAUUCUUAUUUUGGACUUGGGAGAGCAUAAUUGUGUGUUAACGUUGAAUUAAUUUAAGAUAUUUGUGGGAAAAAAUUCUAUUAAACGAUCACAACUACUUUCCAACGUUUGUUUACGUCCAGGAACAGAAAAAGUUACAAACGUGACUGUUGCAGUGUUUGGAAAUUCAGUGCUGCCAACUGCCUUUCCAAAAAAUUUCUAUUGUAGUAAUUGUGCAUCGGCGAACAUGCACUUAAACUACAUGUUUACAGGAAUUUGGUUUUGUGGGUUUAUAAACUUUUUUUAAAACAAGGGCCCAGCAGUCUACUGUUUCUUUAUGUAACAGCUGCAUUUACAAUGAAUUUCAUGGAUAAUACAAUAGAGUUUAAACGGGAAAGAUAUAAAAUCAAAAGGUACCAUCGUCUUUCAACUUAAUUUUCGUGCUCUAAUCACUAAAGGUUUGGUGUAUGAACGAAUGGUUUACUUUGGCUCAUGGCACAAAAAAGAAAUGGAAAUGAAGGUUGCUUACAAUUGCAAACAAGCUGCAGUGGCCACAUUCAAUAACGUAGGAUGAAUAGACUUAACAACAUUCACUUUCAAAUUUUAGUGAUCCGUCUAAACUUUUUUUUGAACGUUUGAUAUGAAAAGCAGCUCUGCUAAAUCGUAAAUGGGGGAGAAAUGCAGUAGUAUAAAGCGGGAAAGUAAUGCAUUAAUAUUAUAGGGAAAAUGGUGCAGCAAGUAAAAAAAAUAAUUAAAUGCAGGAAUUUGUAAAUUACUUAAAAGUGAGGUUAGAAAUAAGUUUUAUUGCGUUCAUCCAAAUUUACAUCUCAAGCUCUUACACUAUCCGUAUUACAAGUAAAAUUACAGUAAAGUAUUGUUCAUCAGACCUUUGCUUAUCCGACAUUCUGUAUUAUCCAACAUAUGACCACAAAAAAAAAAACUAACACAGCAAUUGGCUACAAGAACUGUAAGUUGCGUGAGCUUAGGCAGAGAAGAAAUGGCACUCUUCAGGAAAGCAGAUUGUUAUGAAAUAAAAAUUUUGAAUCAUUUUAAUUAAUUUUUUAGUUAUAUAUUUAACUUCAGACAAUUUUGAAUCUGGUAGUUGGUUUUUCUGGUGUGUUAUAAAACAUGAUUAUGUUCGUACUUUGAUUUUAAAUGGGCCUUUUCUGAACACCACCUUAUUAUUCAACAAUUUUGUUAGUCCAAUGUUUUACUGGCGUGUUUGUGUUGGAUAAGUAAGAGACUUGUGUAUUUCAUAAUGCAUUUUAAAUUAAUAAUGAUGUAAGUUUUCAAGUUCAUCAAGGAGGUGAGCACGUGAACUGUGAUCUAAGUCGUCUGUGUCCAUUUGUUCUCUCACCACCGCGAUAGUUUAGCUCUGACAUUCCUGCUUUAUCCCCAUUUUUGCUGUCAGUCGGCUCUUAAACAAUUCUUAGUGGUUCUUGUGAUUUGUUGCCUAGUUUUCUACGGCUAAGCAAACUGCAAUUAAAAGUGCUGAAAUAUAUUUGAAAACACCCUAAUUUUUUUCUUCUUAGUAAUGAAAAAAAACUUUAUACCGAAUUUUUACCAAACGUAAAAACAUCUUGUAGAAAGUUUAAAUAUAUUCUUUAAAAUGAUAAAUCCUUUAAUGUGAGUUUUUUUUAAAAUUGCAUUGUAUGUAUUUUAAUUUUUUUAUUCUGUAAGAAGCAUAAUGAAUUGUUGGUACGUACAUCCAAAAUAAUGUAUAUUUCUGACUUCUGUUAGCUCACGCACCUCAGUUUGUUCCAGAGAUAAUGAACUGCAUAUGUUAAGCGGUGUCCCAAUUCAAGAGGGUGCUCUUUAUGUUUCUUUCUCUUUCUCUUGCUCACACUGGCUCGUUUCUGAGCUUACCUUUGAUUGUGCUCUCUCGAAACUACGUGUGUGAAAACUACCUAUCUUUUACUAUUAUCUGUGACUAUCUAUUACAAGCUGACCAGUUUCAAAUUGUUUCUCAAGUUCAUAAAGUAUACUUGCACUAUGUGUUUUCUUGCUUAAUCAGUUUUUAAAAUUUUACUGUAUGGUACUUACAUUUUUUUUAAAUUUUUUAAUUGAGAAAAAUACUAGAGGCUCGUCAUCUAUGCAUUUCACCUUUAAAUGGUGAUUUUUUUUUUGUUUUGUUUUAAAAUGUUUGUUAUUUUAUACUUUUUAUCUACAUCUUAAGAUAUUUUUAUAUCCUGAAAGUUGGUUUAUGCUUGGAAACUAAUAUGAUUGAGCAUGGUAACGAGAGAAAUCUCAUGUCCUUUCUUGCUUUUGGCUUCUGUUCUUUGAGUUGGAACAGUGAGAUAGCUCACUCUUGCGACGUGGCAAGUGUGUGCUCUCUCGCAGAGUUGGGGCACUGAGUAGGUUAGGUACCUAAGAUUCUCUGUCGUUUUAGCCAGUUACUAACACAACGUUUAUUUAGUAUUAAUGUGACUCUGUAUUUUUUUUUUUUUUAGUUCUUGCUGUGUUCAUGUUAUAAUUGCCGUAAAUCUGACACAUUUCCAAACACUCCACCUGUGAGAAGGUGGGGGGUUUUCUUUCAUUCUUCCUUCGUUUGUUAGUGUUGACCGAGCAAAGAACUUCUGACAAGUGGUUGAGCGUGAAGUAAUGCGGGAACGAGACAAAGCGUCGGGGACUUUUGUGGGAAGUCGGGGGAAUAUCUUUCGUGAUUUUGGAUCAGAUUUAUGAAGUCGUGCUUCAUCCAGUUGGAUUUAAGAAUCGUGCUUACUCUUGUCACUGAAGCAAUAAUGCAUCUAUAGAAUUCAGCUGUUCUAAGGGCAGGCUGAGUUGUAGCGUGAAAAAAAGUUUUUAAUGAGCUUUGUAUUUGUAACUUUUUUUUUUUUUUUUGUGGAUUGGUUUUGAAACCUCUUGCAAGUAUCCAGUACACACAGCAUCUUCCGUGCAUGAGGUGGGAUUUAUCUUUCAGUGGUAACAUGAGUUGACUCUGGCAAUAAACCAAUUGUAGAUGGAUCUGUAGUAGGACAUCUCUUUAGAGAUCCAUCAGUACCUAUUUGCCUUCACAAAUGUACAUUCAUGUCUUGUGCUUUGCCUUUUAUGUAACAUUACUAACAUUGUAACUAACUUCUUUCCUUAGCACUUUACGUAACUGCAUAUUCUAACUGAUAUAAUAAUAAUUUAUUGAUCGAAAAUUAAAUUUCACCAAGUUUUUGUCACCGUUUCAACAAUUGCUGGUUUGAAUUGCAAAAAUAAAAAUUGUAAUGUGUUUCACUUUCAGUACUUGAAAGUUUUAUGUCAUAUGAAGGUUACUACUGCUAGCAUCUUGUGUUUCUGAUUUCUCAAACUCAAAUCACGUGAUGCAAAAUGCACAGAGUCCACGUUGUGCUAUUCAAGUGAAUGUCAGUUUCUUCCCAUGCAAGACAAGUUCACGCGCAGAUAUUCGGCAAUAGCGAUUUGCGAUUUGUAGGGGUGGACUCUGCAAAACAUAACACCUAUAAGUGUGGUUUUAAAACUUUUUUCCAAAGUUUUUUUAUAAAUGUUUAUUUAUUAUCAUAAUUAUCUAAUGAAAAAUGAAAGUGGUUAGGAAAUUUUUGAUACAUUUAAAAAAUUUUCAUAAUGCUGCAGAAACUUAAUUUUAUUUUGUAACUCGUGAGUGGAUCACUAGGCCAGAUUUUUCUUUAUGCAGCUAAUAGGCUUCUGCGAAUACUGUUUUUUUUUCUGAAUAGAAUAUAAAUUUAUUAAUGAGUAACGAAUACUUUUAGAAUCAAAUCCAAUUCAGUAAAAAAAUUCAUAUACUUCACUGGAGUCCAAGGAAAAUUCAAAUAAAAUUUUUAAUUUUGUAAAAAUAUGUAGCAAUAAUGGAAUUAACAUUAAGUCAUAGUUUGAGGUUAAGUUAAGUCUACUAACCUGUAGGUGUUUAUAGUUUCUGUGGACAAUAGAAGCAUUCUACCAAAAAACUAAAAUUUCGUACUGUUAAGUCGUUAAGACAGAUGGUAGGAACUAAAAGAAGUGAUACACAAAUCCCAAAAUUUGGCAUUAGCUACACAAUGUGUACAUUUAUAGAUGUUGUAUAGACAAAUUAAGUAAAUGCAAGCAAAGGAAAAAGGGCCAAAUGUACGUCAAACACAUUAUAACAUAUUUUAUCAUUCUGUUAAUAUUAUUUUUUGGCCUAAAAUAUAAAAUUACGAAAAUGUAAAACGUAAAGAAACGUGAGGAUAUGUUACUUCCAUAUAAUUAUUCGCAUUUCUUCUGAAUUUUUAAUGUAACAAAGGUUUUCUCCACUUGAAAAAAACAAUUUUUGUGCUGCAUAAAGUAAAUAAAGAAAAGUAACAUAAAACCCAGUACAAUAUAAAAUGUGUAGUAGCUUAUCUUGUAAAAAAAUAUAUCACUACAACUUUUACACCAAAUAACCAAAUAUCUAAUAAACAAGAUGUAUGAGACUGACUGCGUUGUACGUACAACACAAAGAAUAUGGAUGAAGUAUCGUGUUUAGGCAUUCAUAAAUAAUAUGGACAUACUCUGUUGUAAUUUGUUUCAUGUGCGACAUAUCUAUGACCACGGCCUGACGUUUUCAGAAACGGCGUUGAGCAUGUCGUGAAAAUAACAGUAUUUUGCACCAAACUUCGUGUUUCAUCAAAAAUGUUUCAAUUUCGGACAAAACUUUGAUGAAUUGGUUAAAUUUUGGUUUUUUGAGAAUUUUGCGGUUCACAAAAUUUUUAGGCUUCCUUGUGAUGCGAUUGUAAUUGACAGUUGUGACAGCUAAUGCAACUAAACUUUUAUAGGUUAUUGUAAGUAUCUAUUGGUGACGAAUAAAUACAAAAAUUAUUCGAAACGUUGAAUCGAAUAUACAAUAUACAAAUUCAAAAUUUUUGAGUACUCGCAGACCCCUAGCAGCUAAACACUUAGUACUUCCUGCCUCUACGAUUUAUGUACUUCAUCUUUAGAGGCAGUCGCGUGGCAUUGAUGAAAAUAUCGAUAGAAUAACUUGUUCACUGUAAGAUUUAUGAUCCUACAUGACAAUGGAUAGCUUAUGUUCUGUGACCAUUACUUCAUGAGAUCUAGCAGACCAGUAUGGAAAUUCUGAAAAAUACUUUUGAGAUAUGGCGUGAGACUUCUUUAUUUUUCAUUGUUGUGGCAUGAGUAUUGCCUAAUGUGAUUCCUGCUCCAGGGUCACUCUUAUAUGAAUAAUUUGUAAUUUAUACUUUAAUAAAUAAGUCUGUGUAAAUAAGUUUGUCGUAAUUGUGUUGCGAUACUUUAAUUGUAAUUUUUUUUAAGAAGGGUUAUUGUUUUUUGUGCCAAAAAAAGGAUAUUCACUAUAUCAGUCUUUCAUUUUUAUAAUUUUUGUACAUAACCAUUAAAGUGUGUGUUUUUUUUUUGUUUAGUGACUAUUAUGUUCAGUUAAUAGGCCAUUUAAAAAUGCCAUUGUUUUGAAAUGUGUACAGCUGCUAUGGAUUUGAUUAUUGCAGAGGAGUGUGUUUGCAACAGUUAGCUAAGAGUUAUUACUACAGUUUUUGUUUUCCAUACAGUUACUAAGUACUGUUGGUAUUUGCCAAACUGUAUUAGUUAUGAUUCUGAAUAUUUUCUUAUUGUUUGAAAUCUGAAAAUAUGGUCACACUUAACUCCAUGAUCCCCAAAAUCAAGCACUGGUAGGUGUCAUUUUUUUUAUUUGGUACUAUUCAGCCCCAAUUUUAAGUUUUUAAUUUUUCUUUAAUUCUGUAGUAAAAUUUUUUGAAGGUUUUGGUGCUACCUGGUUUUGUUUUCACAUAAAGAUAAGUAAUACAACCACAUUAUAGUGACAGUAAUGAACAAGCAUUUUUUUUAUUGUAUGUAGCCUUACUAUCUGUAGUCAAAAGGCAAAUAAAACUGCAUUUUAACAGUUUUACUUUUUUUUCAUCAGUGUGAUUUAUCGCAUAAUAGUCAACACUUUUUUUUUUUAUUAAAAAUUAUGUUUCAAUAGUAAGGGGUGCGAUUUUUAUGCGAAAAAAGCAUGUUGUGGUAAAGUUAUUCAUAAAAACAAAACCUUUUCAUGGAAAGUAUUUUUAAUUAAAAAGUAGAGUUUACAAAAGCAUGUCAAACAAUUAAAAUUAAUAAGUCAUUUAGCAAGAACAUAUUUUUUUCAGCUUUAAAUAGAAAAAGAAAGAAAACUGGCCCAAUCGUGAGCCAGAACUAACAUAUAACUGUCAUACCAUUAAGCCUUAAAGUUGACCAAAAUUAUUUUAUUCUUAAAGAAAAGGUUUCUUGGGAUUUGUAGUGUAUGUAUGUAUUUUUGUAUAGCUCACAGACUCCUUUUUCAUUGUAUAAGUUUGUAUGUUAAAAUGUUAAGUGUGCCAUUGUGAUACCGAAUUGGAACAUCAUUAAUGUUAUAUACCUCCAUUUGGGGAAUACCUAUAUUAUAAGAUAUUAUAACAAUUACAUGAUAAUAUUUUUGGAAUCAUUUGCAUGCCUGGAGGGAUAGUGGUUGUACGUAACCUAAUUACUAAAUAAUCUGUGUUCAUGUUGGGACCACAGUUGCUAACUUCAAACAUACUCAUCUGUUUUCUAUUGCUGUAGUUAUUUUUGUUUUAUUUUCAUAAUUUUCAUCUUCAUUUUUAUUUUACAUUAUACCAAGCAUAAACAUAGCUUUGUUUCAAACUUUUCGUUCAGCACAGUUAUUUUCCAGUAUAUGAUAACUGUGUGAUUAAUCUUGUAAGUUAAUCCUUUUUAGUGUGUACUACUGUAGCAGUGAAAGUUUUGGUAGAUCUCAUCAAUUAUUCAUAGGAAAUGUUUUUUGCAACUGUUGGUUGUCUUUGUCGCUGGAGUCAACUGUAAGACCGAACUUACUAUUUUGUAGUGACAUCUUGGUGUCACAAAAGAUAAAAACGUAGGUUGUAUUUUUAAGAGCCAUGCUAAUAAAGGCUUGAGGCAGUGUGCCCUGUUAUUUGUGCAUUCAGUGCAUGAACUCCACAAAGAAGUUUAUCUUUCCUUGCUUUGAUUGAGAGUUACAGAGUAUUAGAGUAUUGGUAUGUAUCAUCACAGAAGAUUGUUUGGUUUGCUUUGCUUGUUUUUACUAGGGUUGAUGCGAACAUGUCUUUAAGGAUAACUGCAUGUGCAAAUUAUUUUUCUGGCCGAAAGACUGAAAAUGAAAAGUACUUGAAAGUGGCAUUUGUAAUUAUAUCUUUUGGACAUGCAAUUAAUUAAUGUUCAUUUAACUCUGCUAUGUUAUUAGAGGCAAGAAUCAAGAUUGUUAUUCAAUUUGUUUGUGCUAUACAUAUAAUAUAUUGUAUUUACCAGCGUAUGGGUCGCAGAUUUUAUGCAGAAUUUUUGUUUGAUAAAAUGUACUGUGAUCCGUGUGCAAAAAUUUCCAUUUUGGGUUAAAAAAAAAUUAACAUUGCACUGUUGUGGUUGACUAUGUACGUAAAUAACUAGCCUGUGUUGGUUUUUAUCUAAUAUGUCACUAGUAAAUAUAAAUUUUUUAGUUAAAAUAUCUCCGCAGUGAGUGUAAAGCAUCAUGAACUGCGUCGUUAAGGGCCCCGCCUCGUCAGGAGCGUAUCUGUGUCGGCGAGGUGGUGUGAUAAGAGCGACGCUCGCUGGUGCUUCUAGCGCGGUGUCUCCUCUGGACUGGCGCGCAGUCUUCUCCCAGUGCAUAUGAGCGGUGACCGUAACAUUAUAUGGCGGGGAAAUGAAGAUAAGGUGUAUUGAAAGUCCCUUAAGUGCUUUAAAGAAUGUAUACCGGUUUUUUACUCUUAAAAUUUACUCUGAAAACAUGCGUUUUAGCCAUUUUAACUCCUCUAAAAAUACAGUAUAAAAACUUGAUACGAAAUCAAAAGUACUUUUCGGCCCUUGACGAACUCUUAAAUGUUUUUUGUAAGCAGACCCCACUCAGAUAUCUUGAGUAGUUUUGAAAUUGUGUUGUUUUCCCUGAAGCUCUGCGCACCGCGUGUGUGCCCGGGUGGGCGGGGCCCUUAAGCUGUUCUGCCGCCGGGCUGUGUCACUUAGCAAGAGGAAUCUAAAAAUAAACCAGCCAGAGAGUGAAAAGGGGAGGAAAUGCGUGCGUGUAUGUUUGAGUGCGUGCGGCCACGCAGCAGUGUUUACAGUUCUCCCUCCCUCUUCGACGUCGUGAAUUGGCAUCAUACACAAUUAUCACGUCUUAUCUCGACAGGUUUUUUUGUGACGGCAACUGUGUCCAAACAUUGUUUUUGCGUGAGAUUGCCUACGCUUUCUACUGCAACAUUUCAUUCAUGACCAAACUGCUGUAAAGGGCGUGAUUGUUUUUAUUGAAGAAACUGACAAAAAAAUCGACAAGGGAAAUAGCGUGUGGUAUUUUCUCUCUUUGGGAAGACGGGGAAAGGGAAUAUGGGUACAAAAAUAGCAUUCUUUUCCUUUGUAUUUUUUGUUAGAUAGUGGUAGGGUGAAGGUGGAGGGGUGAGGACGGGCCAUAAAGGAUGAGAAGGGAAAUAUGAAGGACAUCAGUGCCUAAGUGGCAAUAUACUAGACACUAGAGACAGUUAUAUGGUGCGACCCAUACUUUACUGUGAAAAUGUUAGAUUUUUUUGGGCCCAAAAUUAAGUGUGCGAUUCACUGCUGGUAAAUGUGGUAUAUAAAUACCUUAUAAAAAAUUUUACUUUUUCCUAAGUAGUAGCCAUAAUUUUUUCAUUGCUAAAUAUGUCUUUAUAUUUUUACAUGGAUACUUGGAAAACUUAUUUGAAUUGUGUAAAUUUUAAGGUGGUUUUGUAUUUUUGAUAACUUGUAUUUUUUAGAAAAAAACAUAAGCUUUUACCCUGACAGCCAAAAUAGUUUCAACAGACACAUUAUUCUGCAGCUUUAUUUUUAUAUAUAAAUUGCUCUGGCUCCUUUCUUUCAUUUGACCUCAUAUUGAAAAAUACUUAUUUUUGCUAGCAAUUAUUAUUAAUUUUUUGUAAAAAUUGCUAAAAUAAAAUUUAGUGGGCUAAGAAAUUUUUGAGUAAAGAAUCAUCUAAUUGGAGAUUUAAGUAAAUUUCACUGUGUUAUUUGUUUACAUGAAUUUCAAUAUUUGUUAUCUUUCCAUUGUAUUUUAUCUUUGUAAUAUGAUUGCUGUUCACUACAUAAUCUUGCCUCUAGUUUUUAUUUUACUGAAAGAAUUAUUUUUGAUGUGUUCCUGUAUGGUAGAGGUCAGUGUCCUGUAAUUGUCGAAUGGGAAAUAAGCCAGUUUUACGGACUUGCGUCAGGUUUUAGCUUGUGGCGAUCACACAAGUUGCAUAUUUGAGUACUUAAUUUUGUAUUUGAAAUUAAAAGCUGCAGGGAAAAGUUAUUGCAAGUUUGGUUUAGAUUUGUUGUAAAAAAUGUAGUUAUUACUCAACUGCGAGAUCUAUGUGGCCGUAAAAUAAUGUGAACUUCAAGGUCAUGCCCACUUUGUUUUUGCACUCUCUUCCUCUUGCCCUUCCUUCUCCGUUCUUCCACCCUUAUCUUGGUCCUUCCUUCUCCAUUCUUCCACCCUUAUCUUGGUCCUUCCUUCUCCGGUCUUCCACUCUCUUUCCUUUGGUCCUUCCUUCUCUGUUCUUCCACCCUCUUCAUCUCGAUCCUUCCUUCUCUGUUUAUCCACCCUCAUGCUUGGUUCUCUCAUUUGAGCUCCGCAGGGAGAUAGUGCUGAGUGGAAGGCAGAUAUAGCUUGUUGCAGUGUUGCCUGAACCUUGUAGGUUCGAAGUGGUGUCGCUUGAGUAAGUGCCUGUAUGUAUUGACACAUGAGGCAUUAAUGAACGUUUUUUAUAGUGUGCACGCUUCAGUGAGUUUCAUCACUUUUUAUGGGUAAAAAAAAAGGUUAAAUGUAUACUUCUAACUUUCCUGCACCCAAAAUGACAACAUUUACUUCAAAAAAACUUCUAAACAUAAAAAUCCAACAGUGGCACAUAUAAAUGCCAGUAGACGGAAGCACAUUACACCACCGUCUAUCACACUAAUCAGUUCAACCUAUUUGCCAAAUACACUCCCUCUGUGGCCUUCAGCAACCUGGGAACAGUAAAUUAGGCUCAUCCUUGAUCUCAGCUGCUGACAUUAGAAAAAAGGAGUGCGACCCUCUCGCAUUGAGUGCGAAAACAAGACUCAACGUCUUGCCUACGCCAUAAUCUCCUUGGUUGUUGCUUACUUUGAUUCUUUUCAUCUUCAGAACGGGAAAUGUUGUGUUGGUGUAUCCAAAGCUUGUGACAGGGCUGAGUUAAAGUGAUUUUUUUUAUUGCUGUGUUUGGGUCGGACUUCAGUGUUCGGAAGGCUGGCCCAAGAGAUCUGGGCAUCACCAAAGUACAUUCGCUCCUCUCUCGAAACGUUUGUCUCAAAACCGGAUGAUAAAAAUAAAGGGUAUCCAUAAAAGAAUGUCCCAGUGUUAGUUGUGUCUCGACUCUGGUAAAUAAUUGGGUAGCUGCAGAAUGUAGACGCGACCUUUUAUGAAGUCCCUAAGGGGGAAAAAAAUGCAUGUCGUUAUGUCAGGUGAAUGUGGAGGCCAGUGGAAAAAAUCUCUGUCGACCCGACCAUUACGAUCAAUCCAACGGUCAGGGACUUCGACUUUCAACCACUCUCGUACAAAGAUAUUCCUGUUGCCAAAUAAAGUUUACAGGUUCGCCCUCUUAUUAAUUGGAGAAAGAGCCAUUCUUUUGCCCUGCAAGCAAGAAAACAACAAAGCAGUAUUUUGCGCAUAUGCCUAUCUAUAACAGUUUGAGUUACUCUUUAAUUGUGGCCCUGGACCAACACACUACAAUACUUAUAGUUGAUGCUAUUAAAUUUUAUUACUGGGAGAUUAUUUUAUGGUUAUAUGAGCAGAGCUAAUGUGGGGAAACUUAUUGAUAAAUUAUUUGUCCAUAAAACGGAGCAACAGUUUCACCAAACGCUUACCACAAGUGGUUUAUUAUAUGUAGAAAAUAGAUUUUACUGUGAGUUAACAGAUAACAAUUUUUUUUUUUUAGAAUUUUAAUGCCACUUUCUAUCAGUUAUUGUUGGCAUCCCUGCUUUAAGUUGUUUCCUUACUCACACUGUUUCACUUUCUAUCAUGUCGCUAUGGUAGCAUUCAAGUCUUCCCCACCCUGAAUGCAUAGAUGUCGUGGUCGAGUGAUAGCGUGAUAGGUGAGUUGUACUAAGCUAGACAUUUUCAUAGUUGUUAUUGCAUAUGUAUAACUAGGAAUGCAAAUAGAAUGUUUUAUUAGUUAUUAAGAGUGCAAAAUAUUGUGUCAUGCAAGCAAACAUGUUAACAUCUUAGAGUACCUACCGUUAAGUGCUACCAUGUUGUUAUGUCUUUGUUUGUUUUUUUUAAAAGCACAAAGUUUGUAGGCAUUUAACGUGCAUUGUGUAAAAAUCAUCUAUAAUAAAUUUGUUACAAAUUUUGUGAUAUUUAUAUAAUAAAGUUAUGUUUUAUUGGUGUGUUGAA